GGUGCCGGCGAGGGCGGGCCCUGGCGUUGUCAGGUUCGGGUGCGGGCGGUACUCUCGUCCUUUGGCGGUGACAGGAAUCGGCCGGCGAGCGGGGGGAUUCUCACCGGAGGCGCCGUCAUGUCUGGAGACGAGAUGAUUUUUGAUCCCACUAUGACCAAGAAGAAGAAGAAAAAGAAGAAGCCUUUCAUGUUGGAAGAAGAUGGCGCAGAACAGCAAACAGAGGAAAUGCCGGCAACAGAAUCCAAGGAAGCCAUGAUAUCGGAGAAUCUGGAGGAGAAAGUUCCAGAGGCAGAUGAUGAAGACAGUAAGAAGAAAGAUGUAACAGAUGAUUUAGAUGACUUGGAUUUCUUCAAUCAAAAGAAGAAAAAGAAGAAACCUAAGAAAGCUUUUGAUAUUGAUGAUGGUGUAAAGGAUUUGAAGAUUGAAAAUGAGGUGCCUGAGCAGGGAGAAGGUGAUGAUGACGCUUUUGACAUAAGCAUGAUGAAAAAGAAGAAACCAAAACCUGUAACCUUCGAGGACGAGGAAAUAAAUGAAAGGACAGAUGGCACAAUGGAUGACGAUGAAAACAAAAGAGAUGAUGGUAUCACUUUCUCCUCUUCGAGUGGGCCAGCUUGGGCAGGAUCAGAACGAGACUACACUUACGAUGAGUUGUUGACCCGUGUAUUUAAUAUAAUGCGAGAAAAAAAUCCUGAUAUGGUGGCUGGGGAGAAGAGGAAGUUUGUUAUGAAACCACCUCAGGUGGUCAGAGUGGGAACCAAAAAGACAUCGUUUGUGAAUUUCACAGAUAUCUGCAAACUGUUACAUCGUCAACCUAAACAUCUUCUGGCAUUUUUAUUGGCUGAGUUGGGUACAAGUGGAUCCAUUGAUGGCAAUAACCAGCUUGUAAUCAAAGGAAGGUUUCAGCAAAAACAGAUAGAAAAUGUGUUGAGGAGAUACAUCAAGGAGUAUGUUACCUGUCAUACCUGCCGGUCGCCAGAAACCAUCUUGCAGAAGGACACACGUCUGUAUUUCUUGCAGUGCGAGACCUGUCAUUCACGCUGUUCUGUGGCCAGCAUCAAAACUGGCUUCCAGGCUGUCACUGGGAAGCGUGCACAGCUCCGUGCCAAAGCACAUUAGCCUAAACCCUAACCACUGGAGAGAAUGGGAACUGAGGAUUGAUGUAAUAGAACUGUUUUACCAAACAAGGGGUGGGUUUUAAGUACAUCAAAAAUUUAAGAAUUGCCCACAGCUCUGCGGAGGUGAUCGAGAGUGGCGAGCAAUAGUCCAUGAAGGCUUCCCAAGCCCCAGAGCUCAUUGUGACAUUCCUGUUGCACUGCUCUGUUUAUAACCUGUCCAGUCACCAGUACAAAUGGCAAAGGCGGUUGCCUUUUACACCAUGAAAGUUCACCAAGCUGCUGGAGGUGCAGCAUAAUUUCUUGGACACUUGGAAAUGAUCCACUGAAUGUUGAUUCUUAGAGUACAUAGUUCCUCAUUGUUGAAUAUACCUCACCCUGGUGUUUAGAUAUCCCACUGUCUGGCUGCUGUACUUUUUAAACAGAGGAAUGGGGUGGGAUUGGGGGUGGGGUUGUGGGAGGCAGGGGUGUUGCCCAAUUUGUGCUGAGUUUUGGAAAUUUAUUAAACAAAUUCCCUGCAAAUUAUUUAAAACUGUUGACUUUUUUUUAUUAUGGGAUCUUUCUAAACAAUACCUUUUCAAAUACCAGGGUGAGGUCUGUGUUAUGGAACCUAAUCAAUGCUGAUUUUUGCAGCAGUUCUGAAGGUUUAUCCAUAUUCAGUCAAGGAUUAGUUGGGGAAGGCUUUUAAAAUAAAACAAGGUAUGUGAACUGAUGACAGCCUCGGGGACUGUACACCAGUGGGUGAAAGUGUGCACCAGUAAGACGUAAUAAAAGUAGUGGUUAACACGG